GAAAUAUUUUUCCUGGUGGAUUCUUCGUCUUCUAUUUGGUAUCGAGAUUAUACAAAACAGAGCGAAUUCGUUGCGAACGUUGUCGAUAAAUUUACAAUAUCUCCUAACAAAACCCGCGUUGGAUUAGCGGUGUUUUCUACUGGGUACCGACAACUUAUCGCCCUUGAUCAAUAUUACGAUAAAGAGGACAUAAAAACUGCUAUUAAGAACAUACCUUACAUGACGGGGGAUACUUAUACCGACAGAGCUCUUAAUAAAAUGAGAACCGAGGCCUUCCAUGCGAACAACGUUCGAGAAGGUGUCAUCAAAAUAGGAAUCCUGCUGACUGACGGCAAAUCCAGGUUUUCGGAUAAAACUAUCCAAGAGGCAGAACUUACCAGAAAAGAUGGAAUAUUUCUGUUCGCCGUUGGAAUUGGUAAUAAAACUGAUUUUAAAGAACUGAUUGCUAUUGGAAGCGAUCCGAAAGAGAAUUUCGUAUUUCAAGUUGGAAGUUUCGAUGUUUUGGCCCAAAUCCGACAGAAACUGGCCUGGAAGGCAUGUGAAGGUAAGUAA